AUGGACGCAGGUGGUAAAGUUGGUGGUAAAGUUGGUGGUAAAAUUGGUGGUAAGGGCAAAUCAGGCUCUGGUAAAGGUAAAAGGGCACCUUUAAGUCGUGCUGCUCGUGCAGGUUUGCAAUUUCCGGUUGGGAGGGUUCACAGAAUGCUCAAGAGCAGAAUUCCAUCUGAUGGUCGUGUAGGGUCAACUGCUGCAGUUUACGCCUCUGCUAUCCUCGAAUAUUUGACCGCUGAAGUACUUGAACUUGCAGGCAAUGCAUCGAAGGACCUGAAGGUAAAGCGUAUUACCCCCCGCCAUUUGCAAUUGGCCAUCCGCGGUGAUGAAGAACUUGAUACUCUCAUAAAGGCUACGAUUGCUGGCGGUGGCGUCAUUCCUCACAUACACAAGGCUUUGGUCAAUAAAGGUCAAUUACCGGGUCCCAUUGGCAAGAAGGGCAAGAGGCUUGUUUGA